UAAAAUCCUCCUCUCCAUUUUCUGAAAAGCUUUUUGCUCUUGAAUGCAGGUCGCCCUGCAGGCACGAUUACUGAUCCUACAAGUGGGUCCUAAGCCAAGGUAAUGAGUGUGUAAACUAGCUGCUAGAGCCAACAAAGGCGUCUCAGGACGCCCAUCCAUUGUCUCCGGGAAUCGUCACCUUUCCCAGUGAAACCUCUCUGCGUGCAACAGGAGGUCGGGAUUAAAGAUGAGGCAAAGUCAGCCAAUACAGACCGGGGGCGGGGCCCACAAUUAAAGAUGAACUUUGGGUGAACUAAUUCAUCUGAGGGAGGAGAAGGUGAGGGGCUGUUCGCGGCUCCAGCUGCCUAUAAAAGCUCCGGAUGACGAGCCCAGACCUUCAUUUGUUCGCAGAGCUUCACCUGAGCUGACGACAUGGCUCUGAGCGCGUUGCUGGCCACCUUCCUCUGCAUCAUCGUGCUCCCCAUCCUGCUGUUCCUGGUGGCGGUGAAGCUGUGGGAGGUGUACACCAUCCGAGGCGGAGACCCGGGCUGCCCGUGGCCGCUGCCCCCCGGGUCCAUGGGCUUACCUUUCAUCGGAGAGACGCUGCAGCUCAUCCUGCAGAGGAGGAAGUUUCUGCGCAUGAAGCGGCAGAAGUACGGCUACAUCUACCGCACGCACCUCUUCGGGAACCCCACUGUGCGCGUGACCGGCGCGGACAACGUCAGGCAGAUCCUACUGGGAGAGCACAGGCUCGUGACCGUGCAGUGGCCUGCCUCCGUGCGCACCAUCCUAGGCUCGGAAACGCUCUCCAACGUACACGGAUCGCAGCAUAAGACGAAGAAGAAGGCCAUCAUGAGGGCUUUCUCCAGGGAGGCUCUGGAGCUCUACAUCCCAGUCAUCCAGGAGGAGGUGCAAGCUGCGGUAAAGGAGUGGCUUGCAAGGGACUCCUGCGUGCUGGUGUACCCGGAGAUGAAGCGGCUGAUGUUCCGCAUAGCGAUGAGGAUCCUGUUAGGCUUUGAGCUGGAACAGAUCAAGACUCAUGAGCAGCAGCUGGUUGAUGCUUUUGAGGAAAUGAUCAAGAAUCUGUUCUCUCUGCCCAUCGACAUACCUUUCAGCGGCUUGUACAGGGGUCUGAGGGCCAGGAACUUCAUCCAUUCCAAGAUCGAGGAGAACAUCAAGAAGAAGGUGCAGGAAUCAGAGAAGGGUUUGAAGCACAGAGACGCCCUGCAGCAGCUGAUCGACAGCAGUAAGAAGAAUGGAGAGCCCUUCAGCAUGCAGGCCAUCAAGGAGUCUGCUACAGAGCUGCUGUUCGGGGGCCAUGAAACCACGGCCAGCACCGCCACCUCUCUGGUCAUGUUCCUGGGCCUGCACCCAGAGGUGGUGGACAGACUGAGGCAGGAGCUGAUGGAGAAGAGGGAGCAUGGUGUGGACCUCCAGAGUCUGAACAUCGAGUCAUUAGAGCAAUUGAAAUAUGCAGGCUGUGUCAUUAAGGAAACCCUCAGGAUCAACCCUCCUGUCCCUGGAGGCUUCAGAGUCGCCCUCAGGACAUUUAAACUUAACGGUUACCAGAUUCCCAAAGGUUGGAAUGUCAUCUACAGCAUCUGUGACACCCACGACGUAGCAGAGAUUUUCCCUCACAAAGAAGACUUCCAGCCCGAGCGCUUCCUGACCAAACCCUUCACAGACGCUUCCAGGUUCCAGUACAUCCCUUUCGGUGGUGGAUCCAGGAUGUGUGUAGGAAAGGAGUUUGCUAAGGUUCUUCUGAAGAUCUUCCUGGUGGAAGUGGUCACCAAGUGUCACUGGACUCUGUUGAAUGGGCCCCCCACCAUGAAAACGGGGCCUACUGUGUAUCCUGUGGACAACCUGCCAACCAAGUUCACCAGAAAUCUGCAGAACUAAAUUCUGUGAAAAUGGGUCAGAUAUUCAAAGCACUAAACAGACAUUCAAUGUUUCAAUCAAAAUCAAAAUAUUUCAUUCAAUUCAAUGUUUUUUUUAAUGAACUGUAUGUAUUGUAAAGUAUUUUAUAUUGUAUAACAGAUGUGUGUGUGUGUGUGUGUGUGUGUGUAUAUAUACUUUUUUGGGGGUGGGGGAUAAAAGGCACUAUAGCUGUAAAGUCACUAAUCAGGUCAGUGGAUUUUGUUUGUAUAUAUGUAAUGUAGUCUGUUUAUAAAACUGCUUAUCUGAUCACAGCUUAUUUAAGGUCUUUGUGAUUUAAAUGGGAUUUUUAUUUAAUAAAACUGUUUUGCGGA